AUUUUCAGGUGUUAUGCUAGAAUCUGAACAGCAGCAGCAGCAGCUGUUGCCUGACAACAGGUCGUUGGGAGGAUGUCAUCAAAGUACCCCUGUAACCGCACAGCAGCAGCAACUAACCUUUCUAGUAACAACUCAGCAGCCGCUUCCCUCUGUUGGUCAUGUAAUUGGACAGCAACAAUCAAUUCAGAACCAAAGUUGUUACAUGUCGACUGGGCAAGUGACAAGUGCCUUGAAUUGCGUACCCUCGCCUAUACCUUCAAGAACAACAUCUUCUACACCGCAUACUCAUUCUUCGGCAAUUUCCUCCCCGUCCUCUCUUUCCGUCCAGUCGACAAGUGGAGGUCAGUGUUCGGUACAGUUGCGAGGUACUGCUUCAUGUCCGCCACAAUCCUUAUCUAACCCAUCUCCACUGUCAUCAUCCCGAGUUAACGCACCUUCUCCUUUGCAAACCUCUUCUAAUGCAGCUACUGCAGUUCCUCAUUUCCAGCGACAGCAUUCCGUGUCAUUCACGCCAGGUGGUGGCUCACGUGCGGAACAUCUCCGAUCCACAACUAGCAGGAGUUUUGAUGGCGAAUACGAUAAUAUACAUCAGCAGCAGCCGAUCAUGUGCGAUGCUUCAUCACAACAAAUCCAUCACACUUUGCAACUGCAGCAAGCUCGUCAUCAGCAUGUUUUGCAGUCUUCUCGCAUGCAGCAACAGCAAAAAUGCUUGAAACAACCGACAGCAAUGAAUCAGCAAGGCCAGCAUCAGAAUCUCCAAUUGCAGCAGCAACAGCAUUGUCCGCAACAGCAAUUGCUGCAGCAGCAACACUGUCAGCAACAACUUCAGGUGCUGCAACAACCACAACAACAAAAUUUUCUACAUCAGCCGCAAAUCAUUCAGCAGAAGCAGCAGGCACAAAUGCAACAGAUACAACAAUCGCAGCAGUUGCAGAUGCAAUCGCAGCAUGGUUAUGUACAGUUCCCUUUGCAGAAACAGUCAAAAAAGCAUUCCAUACAGCAGCGUGAUGAUGGUGACGAGGAAGAAGAGGAGGAUGUGCAGCAGCGACCACUGACAGCAAAAGAAGAAUACAGAGAUCUAAAGCAUCGGUUCAAAUUCCUCGUAUAUGAGAACGAAUGUUAUCAGGAAGAAUUACGAAACUUGCAAAGGAAGUUAUUGAAGCUCUCGCGGGACAAAAACUUCUUAUUGGAUCGUCUGCUGCUCUAUGAAAAACUGAGUGAUUCAUCGGAUGAAUCGGAUUCAUCUGUAAAAACUCUCGAGGAAAAGGCGCCACCCAAAAAGAAACCUCGUCCGCCUGCUUCAAGGCGUCGUUCAACGAACGCAAGAGCUAAAGGUGCAAAUAAUAUUAAUUGCAUAGAUUCAGAUGCAGCGAAAAUUUCAUUGACAGAACAGCAACAGCAGCAGAUGCAAAAACAACCGUUACAACAAUCGGGACAGCAGCGGCUACCAAUACAAACUACAGAUACGACUACCGGUAUCGGUGUUCCGGUUUGUUCUGCUUCAGAAAUGAGCGCCAGAGAACAGCGUGCUACCGUUCCGAUUCCACUGUGCUGUUCGUCAGAACGGAAUAUCAAAGGUGAAGAAGCUAUGAUCGGCACUUCUACAACUGAAGAUGCUGCAUUUGAAGAAAAUCGAAGCGGUCAGUUCUCGUCAUCUGCUUUAACUUCACUUCGAUGAUAUAUGUUUUAAUGCAUUCAAAGUACCCAUUUUAUUAAACUUUCUUGAAAUUUUUAUAAUUGGGUCUGUUUCGACAUCGUCGUUUGCAUAUAUUUGGAUACGAGGAAAUUAAAUACAAUUUGAUUUCUCUUGUUUUUUUUAAAUUU